CCUCUUCACCCUCUUUCCAUCUUCACUUUCUCUCUUCUCUCUCUCUCUCCAGCAAAAUAAAAAAACAGGAGUUUCACAAUGUGUGACUCAAAUUAUCUCUCUCGCUGUUCCUCAUACGAGGCAGACGUUGAUUCAGACUCCGACAUCUCUACCUCCAGCUCAUGCUCCUCGUACAAUGGCUGUGGUGGUGAGUUGAAAGUGACGAAGAGACUGGAGAAGAAGAAGAGCAAUGUGUUGCUUGAAGGUUACGUUAUUGAUGAUGCAGCGGUUAACGAUGAUUUGAAGAGGACCAAGAGCUUAACAGACGAUGAUCUCGAGGAGCUUAAAGGCUGUGUAGAUCUAGGUUUUGGGUUCAACUACGAGGAGAUUCCUGAGCUUUGUAAUACUUUACCUGCUCUUGAGCUUUGUUACUCGAUGAGUCAGAAGUUUAUGGAUCAAGAUCAUUCGCCUGAGAAGAAACAACCGACGAUGCUUGAGUCUCAAGUUAGUCCUAUUGCUAGCUGGAAGAUCUCUAGUCCUGGGGACAAUCCUGAUGAUGUCAAAGCAAGGUUGAAGUUCUGGGCACAAGCUGUGGCAUGUACUGUGAGAUUAUGCACUUGAGAAAGAACUUCCAUCUUGAUUUUGAAGCAAUUCAAAGCUUUGAUGGAUCAAAGAAGAAUGAACACAAGACCAUUGCUGCAGGAGUGAUAUCUCUUUUAUAUGCUGUUCUGUUUCAGCUUUUAUGAGACUGACCUGCUUGAAACACCCCAUUUGUUGUAUGAGUUAUGUAAUGCUCAAUGCUUAAUGAUCAAGAAAAGAUUUUGCUAGGGAAAUUUGUUGUAAUGCAUUUAUUAAUAAAACAUUAUUCUUUUGAUGAA